UACCUGCUUUUCGGCACCACGAUUAUCAUGCUUGUGCUGCGACUGUUCCACGAGAUUCCCGUCAAAGAAGGUCGGCUGAAUUCGGAAGUUCACUCGUCUCCGUCCUCCCUGGACCGACUGCAUCAGCUUCCUUCGCUUCCACAGGACAGUUUGGAGGCAUCGGCCGCCUAUACUCUUGAGACGUGCUCCAGGAACCUCGACGCUUCCGAUGAGCUGGAUGCGGCGGCGCAAACGGCAGCUUCUUUGCCAAUGACAUAG